AUGUCGCAAAGGUCCACCAUUUUGAAAUCUACACAAAGGAGAGGAAUUGGGAACCUCAUUAACAUAACAACUGAGCAACCGAGGUACCAUUAUCAGCUACCAACUACCUUGUUAUGUAAUCCUCGUUCCCUCAAUAACAAAGUUGAUGAACUGAGCCUGAUUUUGAACAAUAACAAAGUGGACAUUGGAGCUAUCACGGAGACGUGGUUUUCACCAGACCAACCUGUGGAUCAAAUUAGUAUCCAUGGCUACAACAUUUUUUCGCGUCCAAGAAAAGAGCAACGAGGAGGGGGUGUAGCUCUUUACACCAAAGAAUGCUUGAAUGCCACCUUACUUGAUAACAUAGAGGUUCCUGAUGACAUCGAAGCAAUCUGGGUUAAUGUUCGGCCUCCACGCUUACCACGUUCAAUUUCAAACAUUGUGAUUGGAACUGUUUACUACCCUCCCAAAAGCAUUAUUGCUCAACCUCUGCUUGAUCACAUCAGUUCCACUGUUGAUCAAAUUCUCACUCGGCAGCCUGACUCCGGCAUUAUUGUCAUGGGUGAUUUUAACCGGCUAGAACUGGAUCCUCUUUUGUCAAAUAACUUUACUCAAAUUGUGGACAAGCCAACUCGUGAAGAUGCCAUUUUAGACAAGAUCAUCACCAACCUAGCAUCAUUCUACAAUCCUGUAGAAAUCAGCUCCCCUCUUGGUCUUAGUGAUCACCGCUGUGUCAUUGUCAGACCUAAAAGCCCCAUCCGCAAUACCAACACUAGCAAGACUCGAGUGGUACGGCCCAUGAAGGACAGCGACGUGCGAGAAUGUGGUUCAUGGUUGAGUGACCAUGAUUGGUUGGAAGUAAUCAGCACGCAUGACGUCACUGCAAAAUGCACGGAGUUCUACGAAACCCUCAACUGUGUGCUAGACACUUACUUUCCGAAGAAAUCAGUCAAAAAACACCCCUCUGACAAAUCAUGGCUGACACCCUACAUCAAAUCACUCGUUGUCAAGCGUCAGCGUGCUUUCCAUGGCAACCAACAAUCGCUGUGGAGGUAUUUCAGGAACAAGAUCAAUCGUGAAAUCAAACUGGCCAAGAAAACACACUACACAACCGAGGUCGAGCGACUCAAGAAAUCUAAUCCGAGUUCAUGGUUUCGUGAAGUUCGACUUAUUACAACAGGCGCGAGCACAAAUCGCAACAUCCAGUUGCAGAAUAUUGACCCCACAGCUCACAAGGACAUAGCGUCUGCUAUUUGUGAAAAGUUCGCUGCAGUCGGUAACGACCUUGACCCCUUGGAUACAUCCUUACUGCCAGCCUACCUUCUAGCCAAACCAAUCCCUCCUGUCCAACCUUGGGAGGUGCUCAAACAACUUCAGAGAAUAAGCAGCACAAAGGCGAGUGGCCCCGAUAAUAUUUCGGCUAGAUUUAUACGACAGUAUUCUUAUGAACUUUCUAAGCCAUUGACUCACAUUAUCAACGCCUCGUUUGCACAGCUUAUCGUCCCAGCACAAUGGAAGAGGGCAAUUGUCGUCCCUGUGCCCAAAACUUCACCAGCCAACAUAGACAAUUUGCGACCCAUUGCCCUCACAGAUCACUUUGCCAAAGUGACAGAACACUUCAUUGCUCAACAAACAAUGGCGUCGAUUAAACCCAACCUCGACCCCGCCCAGUUCGGAAACAUCAAGAACGUAUCCACUACGCACUGUUUGAUUGAUGUUCUUCACACACUCCAUGCUAAUGCUGAACUACCCAAAUCUAUAUCGUCCAUUCUUCUCACUGACUUUUCUAAGACUUUUGAUCACAUCAACCACACAAUUGCAGUUUCCAAGCUCCUCAAGUUGGGAGUUCCACCACAUUUAGCCGCAUGGAUCGGUGAUUUCAUCUCUAAUCAUGAACAGUGCGUGAGAUACCUCGAUUGUCUUUCGGAAUGGACCCCUACUAAUGCAGGUGUUCCACAAGGCACUAAGCUCGGUGCCAUUAUCUUCCUGGCAGUUAUCAAUGACGCCGGUUUCAAAGAGAACAAUACAAGUAUAAAACACUUCAAAUAUGUUGAUGACAUGACUGUCAUUGAAACCCGUGAUGCCAGUGUUGGAUCCAACCUCCCAUCUGCAAUAACUGAUCUGGAUGUUUGGUCGUCGGACAACAAAAUGCAACUCAACGUGAAAAAGUGUUUCACCAUGGACAUUUGUUUCUUGCGGAACCAACCAGUUCCCCUCUCAUUGACUCUAAAUGACAAAACUAUAACACAAUGUGCAGUUAUUAAGCUUUUAGGUGUUUUUAUUCAAGCCGACUUAAGAUGGGACACGCAUGUAGGCUCAAUGAUCAAGCGUGCAAAUUCCCGCCUUUUCAUGCUUCGUAAAUUGAAGUAUCAUUACCUAAGCAUAUCUGAUCUUGUUGCUAUAUAUACCUCCUUUGUGCGGCCCAUUUUGGAGUACGCUGCACCCGCCUGGUCAGGUGCUUUGUCAAGUAAGCAGUGCAAUGAUCUGGAAAGGGUGCAAAAGCGCGCAUGCAGAAUUAUUCUUGGCAAUGACUACGUGCGCUACUCAGACGCUCUACAAUUGUGCAGUAUUGAAACACUGGUAUGCCGUCGUAACCACUUGUGCCAAUCUUUUGCCAAAACUCUCCCUUCAUCAGUCCUAAAGCGCCUCUUGCCAAAGAGGUAUGAUAGUGGGUACCAACUUAGGAACUCCGGACUUCUGGGUCAGUUUAAAUGCCGAACAGAGCGCUACAGAAAGAGCCCUCUCCCUCACCUCACACGCCUUUUUAACAACUGA